CUUUUCCUGAUUGGGAGGAAUCAGACCAUGAACGCAAAGACAUUCGGAAAAGAAAUCCGUUGUCAGUUUUGUUUAGCACAGUAGAAGAAUGAAGGCGUUUCCUGUUCUGUUUCUACUGACUUUCAUCCUGCCGAUUGGAGCUUCCAAUCGAACGGCUGUUUUGUUCGACAUCACGAAGCAGACGCUGGAUCUCUUCCCUUCCCUUCGCAAAAUGGCUCGAUCCGAAGAUGAACGGAAGGGGCCUCUGACGGAAACAGCUUUUAAAAGAAUCAGUGAUGUUAUCGCAAAUUUUAGACCCCGAGAAAGUCUGAACAUUCUGAAGUCUCCUGAGGGGGGCAUCAUGCGACGCAUCGCCGAUUCUCUGGAGCCCGUGCUCACUCCAUUUCGGAACCUGACGGCCCACGUGGCAGGCAACAGAACCAUAUCGGCCCUCUUUCCCAAGAGAGCGAAGUGAGAUCUGCUCUUAAAUAAACACCUGAAUGUCUCGGAGGAAAUAUUCAGACGAAUCUUUCUCAAUUCUCUCAUGCAAUCACUCAUUUUCGA